CGAUCAACGGAAAGAGCCGAAGAUGUGGCUCAGUCAUGUGAUCAGCUGUGUCCAAUCACAGCUGAUCACAUCAGUGCCACCUGCCAGUGCCCAUCAGUGCACAUCAAUGCCACAUAUCAGUGCCCAUCUGAGCUGCCUUUCAGUGUCACCCAUCAGUGCCAGUCAGUGUCACCUAUCAAUGCCAGUCAGUGCCACCUAUCAGUGCUGCCAAUCAGUGCCACCUAUCAGUGCCGCCUAUCAGUGCCAUUCAGUACCGCCUAUCAGUGUGCAUCAGUGCCGCCAGUCAGUGCCACCUAAAAGUGCCAGUCAGUGCCGCCUAUCAGUGCCGCCUAUCAGUGCAAUAUAUGAGUGCUGCCUUUCAGUGCUCAUCAGUGAUGCCUGUCAAUACCCAUCAGUGCCACCUACCAGUGCCUCCUCAUCAGUGCCACCUAUCAGUGUCCAUCAGUGCAGCCUAUCAGUGCUCAUCACU